ACGCUGCCUAAAACCUGCUGACGUCAAACGUGCGUUACAUCACGUAGCCGGCUCCGCACUUCCUUUACACGGAGCGUGUGAUCUGAGACUUUAAGACUCAUAAAACAUCACAAUUUCUUUGCAGGCGAGUCAACUAACGACACAUCUCAAACGGCCAAGAUGACUAGUUAUGACGAGAACGAGUCCAAGUUCAUGCGCAAAGCAAAGGAAAAUCCAUUUGUCCCAGUGGGAAUGGCUGGAUUCCUUGGCAUUGUUGGCUACAGACUGAUGAAAAUGAAAAGUCGGGGAGACACAAAAAUGUCAGUUCACCUGAUCCACAUGCGUGUGGCUGCCCAAGGCUUUGUGGUCGGAGCCAUGACUAUUGGCGUCCUGUAUUCAAUGUACAAAGAAUACUUUGCAAAACCCAUACAAGAACAGAAAGCGGUGGAGCACAAGUGAAAUCUUACACUGACAUACAUGUCCCUUAAUAUUACCUCAUAUUAAGACGUGUAGAGCGUUUAUUUUUUUCGAGAUGUGUCAUAAUUUUUGUAUGCGCACAUCCCUUCGAGCCACUGUAAAUUAUUAUAACUUAUUGAUUACACUUCUUACAGGGCCUUCUAAAUAGCACCAGAGGGUCGAGCUAUCAUUUCUGUAUUGAGAAUGAGGUGUGUUGAUCUCAGCUGCUUUAACACUGUGUGUUUGCAGUUGCAAACCCAGCUGGUUUCAUAUCUGUGUGGACGGGCGACAUUACUGAUUUGUAAGCUCUACCUUGAAUUUGAGUGACGUGUGAGUGAAAUAUCAAAAACUAUAAAAUCUAGUAAAUCAGUUGAAGAUGGUACGACAACGUCAAGCCUAGAUUCAUAGAUAACUACCAAUGGCAGGUCGCCUGAUUUUUUUUUUUUUUUUUUUUUUACAGGUUUAUUGUCUUUUACCAGCUGUAUUCUUUUAUGUACUACUGUACUGUACUGCCAAAUUGAAAUUGCACCUUAGCCCAUUUUUUAAAAAUGGGCAUUCCAGUGCACUAGUGGCAUAUUAUGGAAGGAUUUGACAAUAUACACAAAGCCUGUGCUUUCACAUUAUUUUAACAGCAAGGACAAAUGUCAUUACAGCAUCAGGUUAUCCUACAAUAAAAAUAUACAUUAAUCAGAUGGAAAUAGUUGUGUAGUUAAUUCUUUAGCAGACUUUAUACAAACUGAAAGUAAAGGUUGUCUUUUUUUUCAUAUUUUUAUCACUAUGUUGUGAUACACAUGGGUCCAGUGUUUCAUUAGUCACUGAGGUAGACCUACAGAGUGUAACCUAUAAAAUUUCAUCUUUAUAGUCGGUAUUGUGAUAUGCUUACAUAGAUGCCUUGUUAAGUUAUUCACAAAGUUGUGUUGGUGUUGUGUGCAAAUACAGAACAUUAUUUUUGGAUAUUUUUUUUUCUUUUUCCCUUUGAAAAUAAAAAUGACAAGUCUCUUAUUCUGAAA